AUGACUAAGAAUGAUUAUAGAACUAUACAUAAAUUUAUAAAAAUGACAUAUAAGGUAAUAAGAAAUUAUAUGUCUAUACAUAUUAUUCAUUUUAUUAUGAAUAUUAUUUUAUUGAAUUAUAUGGUUAUAUAUAUAUAUUUUUUAAAUAAAUAUAAUAAUGAUAGUAAAAAAAAUAUGUUAGAUGAAGAUCAGAAUUAUUAUUUUCAAGUUGAAAGUAAUAAGAUAGAGGAAAGGUUAAGAUAUACAUUGAUUAUUAUAUAUAUAUUUUUUUGUUUAUUUUUACAUUUAUUCAUUUGUAUUGGACAGUAUUAUAAUAAUAACAAGGGAUUGUGUAAAAAUAUGAGGAAUAAGGAUAAUAUUUAUAAUGUAUAUGAUGAAAAUAAAAUAAAUAAAAUAAAUAAUGAGAAUAAUAAUAAACAAUGUUGUAAUUUUUAUGAGAAUGUAAUUUAUGUAGGAAAUAAAAAAAAAUAUGAUUAUAUGAAUAAAAAUCCUAUAGAAUUAAAAGAUAAAAAAAGAAAUGAGGAUAUAUAUAUAUCCUUAAAUUAUAUUUUUUUAUAUAUAUUGUUAAUUUUGAUAGGAGUAUGUAAUUAUCACAUAAAAGAGUUUUUUUUUUAUUUUUAUUGUAUAAUAAUAAUAUGUGAAAUAAAUACACCUUUAAUUAUAUUUAUGAAUUUAAUAAAGAUAAUAAAUAAAUAUUAUAAAAAAAAUUACUUGUUUAAAGAUUAUAAUAGUAUUAACAACAUUAAGAAAAAUGAUUUGUACAUUUUUUUUUUUUUUUUUGUUCUAUUAAGAUAUUUAAAAAAGUUUCAUAUAUAUGAAAAAUUUAAAGUAUCACACAGUGAAAAAAAUAAAAUGCAAAAUAAAAAAAAAAAAAAAAAUAUAAUAUCAACAUUUUAUAAAAAGGAAAACAAAAUAGGAGGUCUAUUCUGUUUAUUUAAUUAUAUAAAAAAUAAGAUUAUAAUUUAUUACUAUACAUAUGUAUAUAAAAACACUAUUCAUUUAUUUUUAAAAAAAAAACAAAUAAAUAAAUUUUAUGAAAUAAUAUAUUCAUUUUUUAUUAAAAAAGCUGUUAUCAUAUAUGAUACUAUAAGUACGUCGCUAAAAAAUGUAUUAAUAAUAUUAAGACAUAAGACAGUUGAAGAAAAAAGUACAGAUAAUUAUAAUAAAAAAGAAGAACAAGAUAUUAAUAAAUAUGAUCAUAACUGUGUGAUAAAAAAAAAUGUAUGUAAAGAAAUAAAUACAUAUUCAAAUGAUUCUAAAGAUCACGAAGAAGAAGAAGAAAAAAAAAAAAAAAAAGAUUCUCAUAAAGAAUAUUAUAACAAUGAAAUAAUAACCGAAAAAGAGUAUGAAAAAAUAAGAAAAAAUUUUUAUAAAUAUAAAAAUUAUUAUGAAUAUUUUAAUAAAUACAAAAAUGACGAUACUUCUAAUAACAUGUCAGUUUAUGAAAAUGAAAUGAUAGACAAUAAUAAUUUUUAUUUUUUACCCAAGAAAAAAAAAAAAGAAUUUCAAGUCAUCGAACAAGGAGAAAACAAAUUAUUUUUUAAAAAUAAGAUGGAAAAUGAAGAAAGUAAUAACAUAUAUGAAGUGGAAGAAGAAAUAAAGAAUAGUAAUACGUAUAUACAUUCAAACAGUAUUCAUAUAAAUAAAAUAUCUACGGAUACUUCUCUAUAUUGCCAUUCCUCUUCCACAGAACAAAUAAAUAAAUCACAAUUUCAUGACACAAAUAAUGAUAAAAAUAAUAAAUCGUUUUUUUCUUGCGAAAAGGAAGAAUCCAUACAAUACAAGAAAAAAACGAAUGUAAUUAAAAAAAAAAAAAUAAAGAUAUAUUAUAAACAUUACCAUGACGUUGAAGAUAUAAACAAAAAAGUAACAAUAAAUAAUAACAACAAUAAAAACAACAACAACAACAAUAAUAAUAAUAAUAACAAUUUGAUGUGCUUAGAAAAUAAUGUGAAAAUAUUUUUAUCCAAUUUUAAAAGGAAGAUGGAAAUUUACAAAUUUCUAAAAAGGAUAUAUAAAGUUGUUCUAUUAUUGAACAUAUAUUUAAUAUUUUUUAUUAAAGGAAUAAUAAUUUAUAUGAAUAUAUAUUAUUUUAUAUUCAAAAGCACACAUUCUCUUUUUUCUUUUCAUAAAUGUUUUUUAAUUUUAUUGCAGUGUUGUUAUUUUUGUUUUUUCCGUCUAUAUCUACAUGAAUAUAAAAAGUUGAAAAAAUGA